CGACGCUGGCAGACCUACCCAUUUAGUGCCCACAUUCCAAGUUGAGUAAGAGUUCCUGAACUCGUUUCUACGUCAAGUACCUGGUCGUUCGUGUUGCUUUAGCCUUUGACUAUCUGUCCCGGGCCGCGUACAACAGUGACUGAAUCCCAAAACCUAGGAUCAGGUAUCCUACACAGUAUACCUUCAAGUUAUUCGCGUUCUCCACAGGUAUCAAAUUGUGUCCGAAUUUGGCAAGUUCCGGUCAGGGACAGGCUGUCCCCGACUCCCCUGACUCCAUCCGAUCCCAGCCCCACAACCGUCCAUCCCCACCCAAGCAGGCCCAUUUACCUUGCCCAAAGUUCUUCGUUUCCAUGAGACCAUGAUCACUCGCUUCCUCCUGAUCUUCCUCUCAUUUUGUCCUUUUUUUCUUUAGCUUUCCUGGAGACAACAGAGGCCUCCGCUGGUUUUCCAUCAUGACCGACAGCGCGGAGACUACGCUGCCCUCCUACGAGGAGCAAGACAGCCCCCAGAAUCGGGUGCUGCUCAACCCCAAGACGCGACGCAUCCGCUGGACCCUCAAUGGCCCGCUCGAGACAGCAAUCACGCUCGCGCGCGACCGGUUUUUCGAUCCGGAUGAGGUGCCCGAGCCCUACCACCAGGGACAUGCCUUUGCACAGGCGCCCCUCACCAAACCCAAGGUGUCGUCGCUCAAGCUCUACGUCGAGACGCUUGACGAUUGGGACCACCUCUGGAUGGAGAUUCACAGAGAUCACACGGACCCCAACGCGACGUAUGACCCCGCCAAUGUUGUCUACGGGCCGUUGCCGGGCGUGGACGAGGCCGAGCUGCGCGGCGGGAAGCAUCUGUUGGUGUGCUGCGGCUUGAAGAGGCCGUGGGGUCGGAAGACGCAGCUGGUGGUCAAGGCGACGGGUAACUUUGUCACCAUCCACGACUUCAUCUCGACCGUGCACCCGUACCUGAUGGCUCGGCGCGGCGAUAUCAUCGAGACCAUGAAUCUGGAUCCGGGCAGGACCAGAAAGCCCUUCGGACGCAAGACCAAGCUGAUGGUGACAUGGCAGUGCGCCAAGGGGGUGGAGAUCUGGGAUGAGGCGGAUUGGAGGGCCUACCACACGCGCAACAAACCGAAGCUCCCCCUCAGUUCGUUGAAUUUGCCUCCUGCACUGGUAAACGCCAUGAGACUCGAGGCUCAGAGGAAAAGAGAGAGGCCUAGAAGCAAAACACUUGAGGAACUUUGGGGCUCGGAUGACGAAUGACGAAUGACAGAACCGGGAGCUCGAGAUACGGACAAGCGUCCACUGAUAGAAAUAAUCAGCAUCGGCAAGCCUGGUUCAAUAUCUGUCACUCCGUCGUGUAGAAUUCUCUCCUUGUUGAGGAGUGGUG